AUGACGCGACUUCAACUCACCAAGCCGGCUAUCCGCCGUCUGGCUCGCCGUGGCGGAGUGAAGCGUAUCUCCGGCCUGAUCUACGAGGAGACCCGCGGUGUCCUCAAGGUCUUCCUGGAGAACGUGAUCCGUGACGCCGUCACCUACACCGAGCACGCUAAGAGGAAGACAGUGACCGCUAUGGAUGUGGUUUAUGCUCUGAAGAGACAGGGCCGCACUCUGUACGGUUUCGGAGGUUAAACUCGGUACCUGAACGCACCAAGACCCAACGGCUCUUUUAAGAGCCACCCACAACAACAAAGAACAUGUCUCUGUUAUAAGUCUCAUUAACUUAAUAAUAAUAAUAGCUUAAUUUUAACUGUGCAAGAUGAUUAUUAGGUUAAAGAAAGUAAAAAAAAACCAAACAUGACAAGUGUUUGUUGACGAGAGUUGGUUAUUCACAAUUACUUCUUUACAGCUACGUUGAUGUACAACUCUGCAUUUGAUUACUCUUAUAUUAUGUUAAUUUUUAUUUUUAUACUUUAUUACUAUACUAUGCAUACAACAUAUACAUACAUUGAUGUGUGCGAACUACACGUAAUAAUAUAAAUCAAAAUGUUAUGCGAGAUUAUUUAAUUUUUAUGGUUUCAACUCAAAAUAAACUAGUUUUAUGAAAAACUAAAACAAAACCAAAAGCCUCCAUAUUCGGAUAUUUUUUUACUAAGCACAGAUUCAAGUGCGCUAAAAAUUUAUUUGGCAAACAAUGCACCGGCAAAAUCCACCAGCACGUUGUGGAUCAGGAUCAAUUGGAAUCUUGGGAGUAAUUUUCUACGACCUUAGUUCAGAAUUGAGUGAGAAUGAUUUUUAUUUUUGUCUAAGUCUAGUCUCAUAAAACUUUUUCAUACUCGCAAUUUUAAUGAGUGCCAAGGUUUUAGAGCAUAUCAGACACCACGUGUUUAGUUCUCACACUGAGAGGAUGAACAGAAACGAAUAAAUACUUGAUUGUUUCCCCUCUUCUU